GCUAACUUCUGACACUCACUAUAUGGACGUGUAACGACUAACUGGAAUACCAGUGGACGUGUCUCAUAUUAUCGGAGCCCAAUGCUUCCCUCACCAGUCUCAUCCAACCGACGAGGAACCUCCCAGCACCUUCACACAUUCUCCUUGUCUAACCUCAAACGGGCUCUGAAUCUCCUACGUGCGCGAUCAAGGUUCACAAACCUAAGCAUUGUCAUUCUCGCAGGAUGCUUCGGCGUUUCAUUUUUAUACAACCUCGCUUUCAUAUUCUCCUCUUCGACUUCACUGUUAGCUUACACGCCACCUCAGAGCAUCCUCUCGACCAUAGCUCGUAAUGCAACUCUAGAAAACCUAUCUCAUCUUGUCAUCGUUCCAGGUCAUGCAAUUUGGACUGGUGCGCAGCCUGAUCAGGUGUUAGACGUGGACCGAUGGACGUUAGAGGAAUAUCAGAGAGGGGGAGGUAGUUACAGGAUUUCUGCGUUCGUGGAACACAUCAGACGAGGAGUAGAAAUAACGCUCAAAGAUGAUUCAUCUCUACUCGUUUUCAGCGGGCAGGUAUCCGACUUAGGAAAAUACGUUCGUUUCGCUAACCCUCCUUCCAGAGGUCAAACUAGACUGCAGUCGACCACGACAGAGGCAGAAUCUUACAUGCGUUUAGCAACAAGUCUAGGGCUCUUUCACCCGGACUCAGAACGAACUCCCCAUGAGACCCAUUUCCUUCGUGCGACAACAGAGACCUACGCUCUUGAUUCAUACCAAAACUUUUUAUUCUCGCUGGCUCGUUUUCAUGAAAUAACAGGCCGGUACCCCAUGCAGGUCACCAUCGUUGGCUACGAAAUGAAGCGCCGUCGUUUCGAAGAGCUUCACCGCACAGCCCUUCGAUUCCCCGCUCAUCAUUUCGAAUAUAUCGGACUCGAACCUUCCGCCAAUGAGGAGUCUGCUCGUAUCGGCGAAGUUAAGAAUGGAUACGCGCCGUAUAAGCUCGACUUGUAUGGCUGCCAUGAUUUUCUACUUGCCAAGCGACGGGCGCGGAACCCGUUUUUACGGUUUCAUUCCUAUCAUACAUCGGCACCGGAGUUGGCGGGGCUGUUGGAGUGGUGUCCUGAUGAUGCGGAGAUGGUGUAUAACGAGCCGUUACCUUGGGACGUUUAUGAAUGAGAUGUCAUUCUAUAAUUUUGGAGUUCGAGAGAUCGGGUCUAUUUAUGCGAUAAUUGCUAACUGACUCGCACGCGAAAUCUCGUUGGAACGUCUGGGUGGGUCUUGUCAGUCCAAUUCAAAUGUCGGUGCAAGGCUGGACAACAACGAUACUUCACCCCCUAUGAAAAUAUUCGUUUCAAGCGGCUACGAGCACGAGAACUUCAACAAUCGAGAGACGACUACGCAUUGUUUCCGCGGGCUCAACCGCUCCGUGUGCAUGGUAGUAUUGUAAACAUCCCUGGACUGGAAAUAAUUGCAACGAUCACCUGCAGCAAUUUCAGCUAGGCUUAGACACUACAGUUUUCCCUCCUAGUCAC